CUUGCAGAGUUCAUCUGUAAAAUAGGCUGAGAUGAGACUCGUGCGGCGCCCAAGGAGUUAAUAAGCUGCGCCCGGCGCUGAAAGCCUUCCCCCGGAAACAGUCGCCGCGGACGGACACUCCGCUUUAGCGAGUGCGGAUGGUGGCAGACAUGAGCUCCUGAUGUGUUAAGGUCGCCGUUUUGUGUAAAUCAAACAGGCUGCGGCCAUGCGGCUGACAUCGAUAAUGAUGGACGUCCUGUGCACCGUAUAUGUGACUCUGUCCGCCAUCAGACAGGGAGCGGUGCUGACCGCAGCCGAGGUUAGUGAGCCAAAGGAGUUAAAAAUUCUGGAGGACGUUUACAAGGGGGUCAGCUUGGAGGACAGCCCCGAGUUUGUGGAACGUGAGGAUCCAGAGCUGCAGCCGAAGUGGAGCUUCAAGACUGCAGAGAUUGCAGACGCCGUGCUGGGCACGGAGGUGUCCGUCGACCCGGCUGGACUGGAGUCCCUCAUUCCCAGAAGCGUCAAGGAUAUGCAGGCCGGAUUCUCCACAGCAUCAGGGGAUCUGGCAGACGGGAACGGCCCCGAAGAGAUGGAACCGGUUACCCUGGGGAUGGUCCACGUGGACAUCAUGGCCAGCGAGGAACAGAACUCCACAGACGCGCCAAAGCAGCACAAAGUCAACUGUCACAAGAUAAAUGUCACUGACAACGAUAGUCUGGCUGUGCAGAUCCUAAAUGCAUCACAGGAUCUGAUGGAAUUCCUGAACGCUAACAGCACAGAAUGCUCUCUGGUCUUAUUCUACACCACCUGGUGCCAGUUCUCGGCUAGCCUGGCUCCCCACUUCAACGCACUGCCUCGAGUCUUUCCCGGCAUGCGCUUUCUGGCCCUGGAUGCAUCUCAGCACAGCAGUCUUUCCACGAGGUUUGGAACAGUAGCUGUCCCAAACAUCCUUCUGUUUCAAGGGGUUAAACCGAUGGCCAGGUUCAACCAGACGGAAAGGACCCUGGAAACUUUAACGGCAUUUAUAGCAAACCAGACGGGUUUCGAGAUAGUUCCAGGCCAGAAUGUGACGGAGGAGGAUCGUUGGGGGCCGCUGCCCAGCGUCCCCGUCAAAGGCGUCGAUUGGCUGCUCGUGUUUUCAGUCACGUUUAUAUUUGGGUUUACGCUUUACGCGAUACUGCGGACGGACAGCAUCCGGAGGCUCAUCCCAGGGCAGGAGCAUGAACAUCAGGACUAAGGAGGAGUCUGCCCCGGCAGAGAGGCUGUGACGCUGCUGUAUGAGUCAUUGCAAGGUGAAUAAAGUUAAGAAAAAAAGCAAUUUUAUAUUUAAUAUUAACUCAGUCCUUGUUACAGAGCUGUUUUAUUCGCUGGUUUCCGAUUGUGCUUAAUAUUUACAAUAAAUAAUUUGAUUGAUAAUUCCUGUGCCAAUUGCCUUGAAACGCAUUUCCAGAUAUGGAUCCAAAUUGGAAUGAGGAUGUUGCUGAUAUUAGGGUGGGUACAAUUCCAUAAUUUAAAUGCAGGACACCCCCCCCCCCCCCGGAUCCUAUGCCCAAGUCCGGGAAAUGUGCAUCACAGAUGUUUUCCAGUUCAGUCAGAUUCUUGAUUUGCCUAAAACCAGUUGUUAAUUGAAUUCUAUUAGGUCAUUGUGAAAUCGCUUUUACAUGCUAUAUUGUAUGCUUAUGCAUUGUAAUUGUAGCGAGCGUUAAUCAUUACAAAUAGUGAAGUUGUUAAUCUAAGGACUGUCGUAAUGGUUAUUAUUAUUAUUAUUUUAUUAUUACUAUUAUUUAUUGUUUUUACUGGUUCAUCCAUUUAAAAAAUGUAUGCACCUUAAGUUGUACAAAUAUAGCCUACAGAAAAACGUAAUUAUGACUAUAUUAGGCUACCACGUCAUAUAUAACCAAUAUUUAUGAUUGGUCGAAAGAGUGAGAAAGUGAAAUAAUCCAUAACUAAAAUGUGAUUCACAGUGGAUUUAACACCAAGGCCUAUUCGAGAACUCGGGGUCCUGUGGCGUGCACACGCGCAAAAUCAUGGGGAGCGUGUGAAUUGCCUUCACUUCCAAACUGGCAAGAUCCUUAUUACUAAUAACCAUUGGUGAGAGGAUCAAAUCAAGUACACAUCUAUUACAUUACUCAUAGGUUGGCCUGAAAGUUUAUAGGUGAAUAAAAACUGUUUAUUCUACAGCAAUGUAUUUUCAGUGCUGGCUUAUCCAGUUAAGGCGUUUGUUAUUAAACAGUACGUUUUUAUCUAAUUUUAUUUCACCCCCAAAAUAAAUUUAUGGCCUACAUUCUCGAUGUAUAUGGUAGUCUCUGGACCACCACAGUUAUUAGAAUGUUUCUGCUGAAGCCUUAAAAUCUUUUUGUCUUCUAGUCUGUCUCUUCUGCUCUUUCUCGCCUGGGUAAAAUGGCGUGCCAGCAGUGAUGAUAUAUUACCUCCAAUAGGGGGCGCAAUGCGACAAAGCGUCGAGAAAAAAAAAUUGCAACGCGUUAUUUGGCCAAAGGUUUUUAGCAGACCUAUACGCAGUCCAUGCGAUAAUAAAGUAAAACCACUACAAUUAAACAUGGCCCCAAAAUUAUAGUCCGAUAAAUUUGUGGGCAUUCAAAUUUUGGUUGGUAGGUUUCAACAAACGUCUACUAUUUCUCAUUUUAUUUAAAACCAUGUAACACUCCCGUUAUUCAUAAAAACCACAGAAUAAAAAAAAUGCAGAAAUACAGUUUUGUCCUGCUGAAUUCCAGUGAACAACUUAAAAAGGUAAGGUAAUUUACAAUCGUUAGACACAUCAAUGGGGGUACUUUUGGGUAAUUUAAGGCUGUUCCUCUGAACUGUGAACUUUUAAAAGGACAGCCAGUGUGAUUAAAUCUUCAAUUACAAUUCAUCAGUAUUUGUUGGGAAUAUUUGUCAUGUACACUGCUUUUGAAAAAAAAAAAUCGUAAUUUCUAAGCAAGCAGUCAUGUCUUACGUUUUGUUUAUCGCCUUUCGUCAUUUUUCCUGAAAAUGCAAAAUGUUGGCUAAGUGGACCAUUAGACACCGAAAAGCACUUGUUCGAGAAUAAACAAAGAAUAAAAGAAUAAAUAACUUUCGUGAAA